CCACAUGUGUAUGACGUUUCUUGUGCCAGACUGACAUGGUUCUUUUCCUUAUAUAUACAUGGACUCGUCUACCAGUUUGUGUUUGUAGUGCCUUUGGUGAUUGUGAUUGUUAAUUGUUUAAACUUUGAGAUAGAGAAGAGUAAAAUGGCUGGUCAUGUGAUCAUUUGUCCCAAAAUUGAAGCUUGGGAUCAAUACAAGAAGGAGGAUAAGGUGUUGGCCUUUUUCACUGCUCCAUGGAGUGGGCAAGCUCACAAGAUUGCCCCAAUAGUUAGAGAUUUAGCUAGAGAAUAUCCAGAUGUUCAUGUCGUGCAGUUGGACUGGCGCCAAUAUGAGUCUGCUGCCAAAGAGUUAAACGUGAAUUCAGCUCCAACCCUCCUGUUCAUGAAAAGAGGAGUUGUGAAAGAGAAGGUGGAGACUACAAUGAGGCCAUAUCUGCUGUAUGACAAGAUGGAUAAGAACUUUGUAUUAAAAAAUUACUAGGACUUCAUCACAUCAAAAUAAGCUCGUAAUAGAAGAAGUUCGUGUGUGCUCUAAUUAUGUUAAAAAAAAAAAAAAAAUGGAGUGGAAAAAUGGAUAUGGGUGAGUUAUUAUUGCUGUUGCUGAUGCUAUUACUAUGGAUAUUGUAUACGAUAUGAAGCUAUAGUAAGGUUUUUAGACAAUCUAA